AAAAAGAAAAAAGCAGUGGUAUUGCUGAAAGUGCUUUCAAGACCAUUACUUCUGUUUAUCAAUCUGUUUUUGGCACUCAAACAAAAUAUGUUGGGCUUUCUUAUUUAGGUUUAGAACAGUCAGAAACAGCUCAAAAGUUAUUAGAAUGA